AUGCAAACUUCAAAAAAAAGUCGUGUUGUAACGAGCCAACCCGAACCAUGGGUGUUUGAACUAACCAAGGUCACUUUUGGCGCGGAUCCGGAUGAGGAUGGUGUGAACGCUAAAGCGACAACAAUAAAGGAGGCAAUUGCAAAAUGGGAGGAAAAACAUGGACAAAAGGCGUCAGAGGCAACUGAAGUGAAACUGUACGCACAAUAUCCCCCCAUUGAGAAAAUGGAUGCAGGACUUUCUGCUCUAUCAAAUUGCGAAAAGCUUUCGCUUUCAACUAACUGCAUUGAAAAGAUAUCAAAUCUAAAUGCCCUAAAAAAAUUGAGAAUUCUGUCUUUGGCAAGAAAUAAUAUAAAGCAGUUAUCUGGAAUUGAAGUUCUGGGAGAAACUUUGGAAGAACUUUGGAUAUCCUAUAACAAUAUCGAAAAAUUAAAGGGCAUAAAUGCGUUGAAGAAACUGACGGUUUUGUAUAUGGCAAACAACAAAGUCAAAGAUUGGGGCGAGUUUUUAAAACUAAACGAGCUUCCUGUGCUUGCAGACCUAGUGUUUACUGGUAAUCCACUGUCGGAACACAAUGCCGAAACAUUUCGUGACGAAGCAUGCAGGAAGCUACCAAAAGUCAAAAAACUCGAUGGCAUUCCAUUUGUGCGUGAAGAGGACGAAGAGGGCUAA